AGAAUUUGUCUUCUUACAAUUUUUUUUUAUGCAGAAUUAGGGUUUAACAAAUUCAACCCUUUUGCAUCUGCCAUUGUGGGUUUCUUCUGGAAUACGAUUGAAUUUCAAUAUAGGAGGUUUUUGUGCGUUCUCGUGUGUGUGCGCUUAAGUUUUGGAGAUGAGUGAUACAAAAGAGAAUGAAGAAGCAGGGCAGAAUGUUCCGUUGGCUGUGGAAGAAGUUUUGGCUGAAGCACAGGUUGAACCAGAAGUUUUGGCUGCUCCUUUGUCCGUAGGGGAUACUUCAAAUCAUGCUGAAAAUGGGAAGGUAGAGGCAGAGGCACCUGUGGAGGAUAGAAUUGUGAAACCAGAAGCCAAUUCAGAGUGCAUUCCGCAACAAGAUGUCCUAAAUAGUCAAAAUACAAUAAAGUCGGUCCCUGUAAUGGACAAUGUUCCAGUUUUAAAUAAAACCGAAGGUGAAAAUGCAUUAGAUGUGAAGAGCAAAGUAGAUGAACUUCCUAAGAGUGAUAAGGACAUAGCAAAUGAUUCUAAUGUUUGUCAAAAUAAUGCUGAUCCUGCUGAGAUGACUGUGGAGGUGAAGCCCAAAGCUUUUGAAGUGGCUGAAAGUAAAAAUUGCAAUAAUGGUGACUCCAAUUCCGCACACCCUAUUCAUAACGAACCUAAAACACCACAUGCUGUUCAGACUGAUAUAAGAGCUGAAGUCAAGACUGGAUUAGACGAUGAGAAUAAGUAUAAUGAAAGGCAGGCUGCUGUUGCACAUGCAGAUAAUGGAAACUCAAUCUCACAGAACUUGUAUUUUUUGGAUCCUGAGUAUUCAUAUGAUGGUAAUGAGUCGGGAACAGAAGAUGAGCAGUCAGCUUUUAUGAAGGAGCUUGAAACAUUCUUUAGGGAGAGGAGCAUGGAAUUCAAACCACCCAAGUUUUAUAAAGAGGGGCUUAAUUGCCUUAAGUUAUGGAGAUCUGUAAACAGACUGGGCGGCUAUGAUAAGGUCACCUCAUGUAAAUUGUGGCGGCAAGUGGGAGAGUCUUUCAAACCUCCAAAGACAUGUACCACAGUUUCAUGGACUUUUCGGGUUUUUUAUGAGAAGGCUCUUCUUGACUAUGAAAGGCAUAAAACAAAAGGUGGUGAGCUGAAUGUGCCUAUUACUUCUAAUUCAGAGCCAAUGAAUAAUGAAAAUCAGUGUGUCCAAGGAUUAGCUUCAUCAGGUAGGGCACGGAGAGAUGCUGCGGCUAGGGCUAUGCAGGGUUGGCAUUCACAACGUCUUCUGGGCAAUGGUGAAGUUAGUGAUCCUAUUAUUAAGGACAGGAGCUCUUUGUCUAUGCAAAAGCGUGAAAAGCAGCUUAGAAGCAUCAAUGUACUUAAACGUAAGAAAUCAUCAGACAUGGUGAAUGCAGUCAAAGUUGCUCACAGUAAACCAUCUAAACCACAAUUGGACACAUCUGUGAUUGACAUUGGACCUCCUGCUGAUUGGGUAAAAAUCAAUGUGCAAAAAACUGUAAGUUUAUCUUGUGUUUGGAUAGAAUAUAAUCUGUUUAAUUAUGUAAUUUACUCAUCAAGAGAAAGUUGUGUACAGAAAGAUUGUUUUGAGGUGUAUGCAUUGGUUCCUGGCCUUCUGCGGGAAGAGGUGCGUGUUCAAUCAGACCCAGCUGGACGCCUGGUCAUAAGCGGUGAGCCUGAACAUUCUGAUAAUCCAUGGGGGGUCACACCUUUCAAGAAGGUUGUGAGUUUGCCUUCAAGAAUUGAUACUCAUCAGACUUCUGCUGUGGUGACUUUGCAUGGACAAUUGUUUGUUCGAGUUCCAUUUGAGCAAUCCGAAUAGAGAUGGUUCAUAGAUUCCUAAGGUACCAUGAUUUAUAGGAUACUUCUUCACCUGAAUUCAUAUUCAUGUCAACUUCUACUAUGAAUUUUGUUAAUAUUUUAUUUAUAUUUUUCACCCAUUCUCUCAAGUUGAGAUUUACAGUUUUAA